GUGAGUCGUACCUGUAUCCAAACCAGUUCUUCCCUGCACGGUGGACUAAUCUUUUCGAGCUCCGGCGAAGCAAAAAAAAAAAAAAAGAAAAACAAACAAACAAACAAAUAACACAUAUCGUCACGUUUUAUGCGUUCGUGAUUCGAGUUUCAAUCGCGUUUCCGGGCUUCGAGAGACCACGGAGACUCGUCGAUGGCCGCGGGAGUCGGACUCGCCAUGAACGUAGCGCAGUCGAGCGAAGAGAGGGCAGUGUUCACGCAGCUCAGGCCGGUGAGGAUGACCGGAGGAGGGGCGGGCGGCGCAGAAGACGCGGCCGUGUUCGAGGACGUCAAACCCGGGACUCGUUUGGAUCUGGAUAAAUACCUGGCUGCGGCCGCUCCGCUCCUGAACCUGGAGCCCGACACCGGUGACAGGAAGUACAGACGGGAGAGUGCUUCUGUGGUGGACGAGUAUUUCAACGAGGACAAGACAGCCACUCCGUACAGCGUCAACAUCAACGUGAUCCUACCCAGCACCACGCACCUGCGCACCGGACUCUACCGCCACAACAAGACCAUCAAGACCGAGCCGGGCCUCGAGGUGCCCUGCUCCACCACCGCCCAGAGCCAGAACCAGAACCAGAACCAAAACCAGAGCCAGAGCGGUCAGGCCCUGCCGGACUUCACCUCCGUCUUCAACGUCAACAACGUGUUCGUGAAACCAGACCUGAGCCCGAACGGGAACACCCCGAGUCAGAGUCUAGAGACAGAGCUCCAGAUCGGACCUCCACCUCCACAGCCACAGGUUUACCAUCUGCCAAUUAGCAACUCUGACCUCUCCAUGACCCUGAGCACCAGCCAAUCGGCCGUGAGCGGGGGCCGGACCAUGCUCAACCUGGGCGCCGUCUCUUUAACGGGCACCAACGGCGGCUACAUGCUGACGGAGCCCCUCGCGCAGCACCACGCCUUCUACGCCUCCGCCGCGCAGCCCCACGGCGCCCACCCCGCGCCGACGGGACCCCACAGCCUGCCCCCCUCGCCCCCCAACUCGCAGCCCGGCAGCCCCGACACGCACGCCGACCUGCUGUCCCUCGGCUCCCAUCCGGCGCCGCCCCCGUACCAGCACCGGGCGCAUCACCACCACCACCAACAGCAGCAGCAGCACCAGCAGCAAGCGACGGCGACCACCCCGCAAAUACUGACGCCCAAAAUCACAGGACUGUCCCCCCACGCGCUGCUCAUGACCCACGGGCAGGGCGUCCUCACGGGGCCCAAGUACAACCGCCGGAACAACCCCGAGCUGGAGAAGAGGCGGAUCCACUUCUGCGAUUACCCAGGUUGCACCAAAGUUUACACAAAGAGCUCCCACCUGAAGGCUCACCAGCGGACACACACAGGUGAGAAGCCGUACCGCUGCACCUGGGAAAACUGCGACUGGCGCUUCGCCCGUUCAGACGAGCUGACGAGACACUACAGGAAACACACCGGAGCCAAACCCUUCAAAUGUGUGGCCUGCAGCCGCUGCUUCUCCCGCUCCGACCACCUCGCCCUGCACAUGAAGAGGCACCAGAACUAACGCGCCUAAUGCUAAGCUAAGGCUAAAGCUAAUGCUAAGGCUAACGCAAAGAUUUCAGCAGCAGCACUCGAAACAAAGUCACACACUCACGACAACGUCCUCCCUGUGCUCCUGAGGUCAAAGGGCUCUACAAGCUCGAUAUAAUUCAUUCAAAUUCUUCUUUGUACGUGUAGAAUACUUUUAUAAAAUAGUUUGUGGCGUUUUUUUUAUAUUUAUUAUGCCAAAAUUAGCAUUAGCGUUAGCAUUGAGACACAAACAUCUCUUUUUCUAAACGCAGAAAUGUCCUUAAGUGUUCUUUAAAUAUUUAUUCUUUUUUUUUAUGACUCGGAGAUAAAACUGGACAGGAAGUAGUGACGCAAACAUUUAUGUCGAUCCCGGUUUAAGGCGCUGUAAUUCAGAUUUUAAGAUGAGCUCUGUAAACAAAUUAACAACAUUCAGUGUGUUUUGCUUGUGGACACAACAACAGUAUGAACAGUUUUAAUUGAGAUCAAACUCUCUAACUUAUUCAUAACUCAAUUUAGACUAAACCAGGACUAAACCAGGUCUAAAGAAAUACUACUCCAGGACUAAACCAGGUCUAAAAAAGUACUACUCCAGGACUAAACUAGGAUUAACGAGGUCUUGAUAAGUACUACUCCAGGACUAAAUCAGAUCUAAACGAGGUCUAAAUAAGUACUAUUCCAGGUCUAAGCCGGGUCUAAUUAAGCACUAUUCCAGGACUAUAUCAGGUCUAAAUAAGUACUGCUCCAGGACUAAACCGGAUCUAAAUAAGUACUACUCUAGGACUAAAUUAUGACUAAAUAAGUACUACGCCUGGACUAAACCAGGUCUAAAAAAGUACUACGCCUUGACUAAACCAGGACUAAACCAGGUCUAAAGAAGUACUACUCCAGGACUAAACCAGGUCUAAAUAAGUACUAUUCCAGGACUAAACCAGGUCUAAACCAGGUCUAAAUAAGUACUAAUCCGGGACUAAACCGGGUCUAAACUUGGAGCUUGUCAGGCCUGAUCCGACAGAGCACAGGGAUGAAUUGAAGCUUUCCCCCAAAUCGGACCAAUCGGCAUGUUCAUUUUUGUUCAGGAAUUAUCUGCCAACUCCACUGCUUCCGGGUCAAAGUUCAGCCUUGUAAAUACUGUCGAUACGUGUGCCUUUGUCUGUCUGAAUUUUAAUGAAUGUAAUGACAUAAAUACUUGACUUUUUGUAUAUUUUUGAUUUGAAACUCAACACACUGCAAAAAAUAUAUAUAUAUAAGAAAAUGCAUAAGAAUCAAUAUGAAAUCUACAUGGAAAAUUUAAGUUGACCUGUGCCCCUUUUGGUCUCCGUACAAAUAUAAUCCUUUAACUACCUUCAUUUUUUUUUAGAUUGAGUCUAUAAUGUUUUCUAUAUAUUUUUAUUUUUUCAUUAAAUGCAAUAAUGUAAAAAAAAAUGUAUGAAAGAAAUCUUACUCCACCGACAUUUUGCUCGAAGUAAAAAUGUAAGAAAUUUGAUUAAAAGAAGAACUUAUUUGUCAGAAAUUAUGAUUCAAAUUCAGAACGGAACUAGUCAAAACUAAGAAAGACAGUAAUAACAAUCCAAAUUCAAGCCAUUUUAAUUGUCGCAGGAGUUUCCACAAAACUGUUUUCUUUUUUGUUUUUACACAUUUGAAUUUUUUUAAAUAAUUUCUCUUUCUUUGUUUUUUUUAUUUGUUUUGUGUCGCUGUGUCGAUAAACCAAUAUCCGGCUAUAAGUGCUACUCCAGGACUAAACCAGGACUUAACCAGGUCUAAAUAAGUACUACUCCAGGAGUAAACCAGGACUAAACCAGGUCUUUUGUCGGA